UUUAUCACGAGGACAAAUUAUGGCGAGAUUUUUGUUGAACAUGCGUCUUGUUCUGGUUUUGUUCGGAUUAUUUUUGCUCUCUUCUCCAUCUGCAAGAGCCGAGCCGGAGCUGCAGGACGAGGAGGAGGAGGAGAGUUCCUGUCAGGGCGCUUUUGACCUGUAUUUUGUGCUUGAUAAGUCUGGCAGUGUGAAGAAUCACUGGGAUGAAAUCUACUACUUUGUGGAGAAUCUAGCUGAGAAAUUCAAAAGUCCAAUGCUGAGGAUGUCCUUCAUUACAUUCUCCUCCAGAGCAUCCACCAUCAUGAAACUGACGGAAAACAGAGUGGACAUCAGAAAGGGGCUGAAUGCUCUGAAAAGGGAGAUUCCAGGUGGAGACACGUUCAUGCACCUUGGAUUGCAGAGGGCAAAUGAGCAGAUACACCGUGAAAACUUUGGCACGGCCAGCGUGAUCAUUGCACUGACAGACGGGGAGCUGCAGGAGCAUCAGCUCAUCACUGCACAGCAAGAGGCGGAGAGAGCCAGGUCUCUUGGAGCUAUUGUGUACUGCGUUGGUGUCAAAGACUUCAAUGAGACACAGCUGGCCACCAUUGCCGACACCAUCGAGCAUGUGUUUCCUGUCCUGGGUGGCUUCCACGCCCUCCGGGGGGUCAUUGAUUCGAUCAUCAAGAAAUCCUGCAUUGAAAUUUUGGCAGCUGAGCCCUCCAGUGUGUGUGCAGGAGAGUCCUUCCAAGUGGUGGUGAGAGGAAACGGUUUCCUCCAUGCCAGAAACAUCAACCAGGUGCUCUGCAGCUUCAAAAUCAACGAUACCAUUACAAUCAAUGAAAAGCCGGCUGGAGUAGAAAACACAUUCUUGCUGUGUCCAGCUCCUGUCAUCGAUGAAAUCGGGAAGGUGAUUUAUCUCCAAGUGAGCAUGAAUGACGGUCUGUCCUUCAUCAGCAGCAACGUGCACAUCACCACUACAGAGUGUUUCGAUGGCACCAUUCUCCUCAUCACCCUGCUGGUGUUGUUCCUGCUGCUGGCCCUGCUCUUCAUGUGGUGGUUCUGGCCUCUCUGCUGCACUGUGGUGAUCAAAGAACCACCUCCUCCACCUCCUCCUGAGCCGGAGUCAGAUGAUGAAGAUGGCAUGCCGAAGAAGAAGUGGCCGACUGUGGAUGCUUCAUAUUAUGGAGGAAGAGGAAUUGGAGGAAUCAAGAGGAUGGAGGUGCGCUGGGGAGGAAAGGGUUCGACCGAGGAGGGGGCUAAGCUGGAGAAGCCGAAGAAUGCUGUGGUGAAAAUGCCGGAGCAGGAGUACGAACCCUUCGAGCCCAAACCUAAGAAACCUCAGAGCAAGAAGCCGCCUCAGAGCCGGAAGUGGUACACACCCAUCCGGGGUAAACUGGACGCUAUCUGGGCUCUGUUUCGCCGCGGGUACGACCAGGUCUCUCUGAUGAGACCCCAGCCCGGGGAUCAUGGUCGUUGCAUCAACUUCACAAGAGUGAAGGACGAGUCGGCAGCAGCAGCAGCAGCAGCCAAGGCCGCACCUCGCACCCCGAUGGACACACCCUCGCCGCCGCCACCAGACUACCGCCCCGUCACCCGCACCGCCUCCUCGUCUCCCACCUCCAGCAGCCCUCCUGCCAGAUCACCCCCACCAGGCCAGGUACUCCCAGGUCCGCCACCAUCCCGCACGCCCCCGGGGCUACCCUGUCCACCGCCAUCGCGUCCCCCGCCCAGCCUCCGCCCCUGAAUCACAUAGACAAACCCCUCUCCUACCCCACCCCCAAACGCACCCGCUUUGAUACACAGACUUAACGCUCUGUUGACCAGUUCUUUCAGUUUGAAGGCUGUGGUCCUCGCUGCC